ACCGCCAUUAAAACUCAAAGAAGACGAAGAACAACAGACUCCGCUCAGUUCCUUGUAGAGGACCAAGAGGACUGAUUUUGUUACUAGCCACAUUUCCGUAGCUACUGUUAAGCAGGGGGACCACUGAGGUAAAAAUGCGUGUAACGUUAGCUUGCUGCUCUUAUGGCUUUUGCACCUGCGUGCUCUGAGAUAUAGAGUUGGGAUGUUUUCAACCAACAUGGAAACCAAAAGAGUGGAGAUCCCAUCCGGCGUACUGGAUGACCUAUGCAGCCGGUUCAUCCUGCACAUCCCCAGCGAGGAGCGGGACAACGCUAUCCGGGUGUGCUUCCAGAUCGAGCUGGCCCACUGGUUCUACCUGGACUUCUGCAUGCAGAACACUCCGGGGGCUCCUCACUGUGGGAUAAGAGACUUCGCCAAAGCAGUUUUCCAUCACUGUCCGUUUCUGUUGCCUCACGGAGAGGAUGUUCAGAAAAUCCUGGAACAGUGGAAGGAGUACAAGAUGGGUGUACCUACUUAUGGAGCAAUCAUUCUUGAUGAAGCACUAGAAAACGCGCUGCUCGUUCAGGGCUACCUUGCAAAGUCAGGCUGGGGCUUUCCCAAGGGGAAAGUUAAUGAGGAUGAAGCGCCUCAUGACUGUGCAGUUCGUGAAGUGUUUGAGGAGACGGGCUUCGACAUCAAGAAUCGCAUCUGCAAAGACAUGUACAUAGAGCAGAAAAUCACUGACCAGGUGGUGCGGCUCUACAUCAUACCAGGAGUUUCAAAAGAUACCAAGUUCAACCCCAAAACAAGGAAAGAGAUUAGGAACAUUGAAUGGUUUCCUAUUGAGAAGCUGCCAUGUCACAGGAACGACAUGACCCCAAAGUCUAAACUUGGACUUGCCCCCAACAGGUUUUUCAUGGCCAUUCCAUUCAUAAGACCGCUGCGAGAAUGGAUCAGCAGGCUGAAAGGCGAGUCGACAGACAGCGACGAGGACUUUGGAAACAACGGCAACACUUCAAGCAAACUUUCAGACAACGCUCGGUCAAAAUCCCGCCGCCUCACAGGUGCUGAUGCAUUUCCAGGAGACUGUUGGGCGAAACACAAGCAGCCGAAGGUUCUGGGCCAGGCGAGCCAGCAGGAGCUCAACCAGAAUUCACAUUUGAAAGGCAAUGGAAAGAAAUGUCCGGACUCGUCCUAUGUGAAGAAAGGAGCAAAUGACAAUGGAGCCAACUGCCAGCAGAAAGAAGUUAAAAGACUUCAACCCAGAAGACUGCAAGACAGUUUUGAAAGAGAUGUGGCUCCAUGCAGCUCCAACGGUCACCAGACAGUCCACAGCAAAGACUCUGAGCCCCUGCUGUCCUCGAAGGCUUUCCUCAAUUUUAAAUUUGACCGAGAAGCCAUCAUGAAAUGUUUUGACUACUGACAGGGCUGAUGAAGGGCUGUGCCUCUCCUGUAAGAGCAUCAAACUAUAGACCAAUUUAUGCUUCUGCGUUAAAUCGACGCCAGGGGUACAUAUGUAGGUACGUGGAGAUAUCGACCCUAUGCUGUAGCCUGACGUGCACCUCUCAAAAAAUUUAACUACAUGUCGCGGGGACGCAUGUCGCUCAGCCGUGCCUUUGUAGUGUUGCAUUUCCCCUGACUCAUUUCCUGGUUCUCCUCCAUAAACAACAUGAAAUCAAGGAGAGGAUUAACUUUUCCUGCUCCAGAUUUCCUACCGUGGUCAGAAAGAACCGGGGAGACACUUUGUUUCUCUCACCAGACUCUAUGCCUCCUCGCUAUGCACACACUCCCCACGCACAUACACACGCUGGCCCUGCUAUUCUCUUAAAGAGAUCGACGCACACACCAAAACACAAGAAUAAACUUCAGGCCACUUAGGCUACGGCGAAAGCUCUGUGUGGAGCCUCCGUAGAAGCAUAAAUCCUGUUUAUGGCCUCAAAGACUUUUUACCUUUACAGUCUAGACAAGGAUGUUACUAAACAUGCCCUUUUCCUUUUUGCCUUGCUUGUCAUGAAUACACAUUUACAGUAGGGCGUUGCCUAUUUCUCAUUGAACACAUCCAAUAAGCUUUACUGGAGUAGUUUGCCUUUGCCGCCCAACAAACAGCACUGUCUUCAAUCUGUCCGAGGCGGAAUCCAAACUUUAGGUUUUACUGCUACAUCUUUGAAUAUCUAAAUCCAGGACUCAAUCUGCAGGAGACGACACAUUAGUCUUUUAAAGGCAAAAGAUCAAAAAUGUUGAGAACCAAAAAUGGAUUUUAAGCACAUAUUGUAUGAGGUGACAGUGAAACCUAAAUUGGCUGUGAUAUCUUAGUGAAUUUGGCCAGUAAAUCAGAUUUACCAUGUUAUAUAUUGAUUUUAAGAUGUAAUCAUUUAGGUGUUGUUCAUUUCCCCCAUUCUUCCAACUGAGUCCCAAAAAAGUUUUUGAUACAGAAGAAAGGUGGAUAUUAAUAGUGUUAUUGGCUGUAUUACCAAUAUAUCUUAAGAUUUUAUCCGGGAAUUUGGAAUGUAAUGGAAUAUUGACUUGGGUCUUGGGAGUUUCUCUUUGGAAGUUGAUGUCACAUUAAAUUAACGUUACUUUGUUGUUGGUAUGGAAUUCUAUGGCUGCCAAUAUUAAGAUUAAAUCAUUAGAUCAAACUGAUGUUUGGAAAUCCAUAAUUUAGGCCAGAAAAAUGCCAAAUUAAAAUGAAAAUUCCAUUGACAUAUAAUUAUCAGUAAACUCCACUGUACAUCACUGAUACAAUGGCAUGAUGCUAAUAAUUAUUGAACGAAAUUGGUUGACAGCAUGCAACCUAAUGCAAUUGCAAACUUGCAUUUGGAUUUAAAUUAUGUCCUGUUUGUCACGAAUGAAAAUGAUUUCCAUAAUGGCGUGAACUUGUCUUUUACCAUUAUGAGAUUGACCACUAUGAAAAUGACCAUGACAAUGGCCACCUUCCAGAGGGGAAAUCCAUUUCAUCAGAAAUUAGUUAAUCUCAAUUCAAAUACAAAUAGAAGAGCCUGGUUUGCAAUUUUACUUUCACCUUCUAUUUGAGAAUACAAAGUCAAUUUCACAUUCAGUUUAAUUAUUGUCGCGGGGUAGUGCUCAAGAGCACAAUGAAACCAUGGUCAAAGUAGCUCUUAUUUUAUGUAUUUCAUUCUGGCAAUAAUUGUGCAUUUUACAUCAUAUAUGGAAAUUGGAUUUUAACAUUUUAAUUUGGUCAUACAUUAUGCAUACAGAAGAGGAAACUUACAUUUUAAGUGAGUAAAUAGUUUAAUUUUAACAUUUUUAGCCACAGGCUUCCAUUCAUUGUUGUUGUUUUUGGCCUUAAAGUGACCCACAUCCCAUUUACGUUUGUCUGGUUUUCAGCAGUGUUGUCAUUCAAAUGUUCUGUCCUGCAGACUGCAGGGUUUACAGGUUUAAACUCAUGUUGAGAUUUCGUAGACCAGAACAUCUCAAUCAUAUUCCUCCCGAUCCAUUAUGGUUAGCUGCUUUAGUGUUUGGUUGGUAUGAAAACUUGCAGACUCGUGAGCUAUAGUGCAUCAUGGACGACCACUGCGUUACACUACUGUGAACAUAAGUUAUUCUCAAAAACAUUACAAAUGACUCUCACAAAGGGCCACAUUAAGGGAUCUCUAGCCACUAGAGCUGAAAACAAAAGCAAAGGCAGUUUUCAUAGAAGUUUUAGACCUCUUGAAAGUUCAACCCACAGUCUAACAAAGUUAUAUUUUCUCAAGGUAAUAUCAUAUACAUGCAUACAUGUGAGAUGACUAAAUCUGGAUGUGAAAUCUCUUUUCUUGGUUGUUGAUUGUACAGAUGGUGAUCUCAAGUUGUACUUUGGCUUAAAAUGUGAAUAUUAAUAAAAGUCUGUUUUUUCACUCGU